AUGGAUUUUAUUAUUGGUUUGCCUAAGUCUGACGGGUUUGCGAGUAUUCUUGUUGUGGUGGACAGGUUUUUAAAAUAUGCAACAUUUAUUCCGGCUACCAAGGAGUGCCCUGCUGGGGAAGCAGCUCUGUUGGUCUUUAAACAUGUGGUGAAAUAUUGGGGAGUGCCACUGUCUAUUAUCAGUGAUCGAGAUGGGCGAUUUACGGGACCAAAUCCAGCAGCCUAUCGAUUCGCAAAAGAUUGGCAAGAGAAGAAUGACUUGGCUAGAGCUUGUUUACACAAGGCAAGUAAGCGUAGCAAGAAGUGGGCCGAUCAGAACCGAAGGGAUGUACAAUUUGAAAUGGGUGACUCAGUCCUUGCUAAACUACAUUUAAUUUUACAAUAUACUGGUUUGCACAAGGGUCUUGUGCGAAGGUAUGAAGGGUCGUUCAAAGUUGUGAAGAGAGUAGGUAAGGUGGCCUACAAGCUUGAGUUGCCAGCAAAACUUAAAGUCCACCCAGUCUUCCAUGUAAGCAUGCUUAAGCCAUUUCAUGAGGAUCAAGAGGAUCUGAAUCGCUGCAAGUCCGAACGAGCACCGAUGGGGGUAAAGGUGUCGUAUGAUCGUGAAGUCGAGAACAUUAAUGCAGAUCGGUUCCAAGGGAAGAUUGACCAGUUCCAUAAGGAGGAUGCGACGAGGGUGUCGCUAGAACAAGUGGGGGAGAAUGCCAUGGGUUACGCAUGGGAGCACGCAACCAUGAAAAACUUGUGCGAUCCAUCGUAUUCGAGGGAGGUCAUUUGGCCCAACCAAACUGGCCCGGUGCCUAGAGAGAUUAAAAGCCCAUCUUAA